UAUGAGUCGACAUAUAACACCAAGGCUCGACUGGAGUUCAAUACUAGAGGAUGAAGAGUCUGACCAGCCAGUUGGAGCCGUGGUUGACCAGCAGCCCCGGGAUGAACAACCUCAACAAGAGGAGCCACCCACUGAGAGUCAGGAUAUUACACCUGAUGAAGAGAAAGCAGAUGCAGGAGCUCCUGAGGUUCAAGGUCCUGACAUGGAGGCUGAGUUGCAAGAACUGGCUCAUCCAGAGACAGAGGGCAAGAGCAAAGUUGGUCCUGAUGUACGUGAGAAGGAUUUACCAAAAUUAGAGUGCUCUAAAAUGCUAGAAGCAGGGCCUGACCCAGAAAUUUGUCCCCCAGACCUGCCUCAGCCAGAGAUUUGGGUUGAAGAUACAGAUGAUACUCCGUUCAAGUGGGAGAUUUCACCAAAACCAGAGCCCGUUUACAUGCCAGAAGCAG